AGGACAAGCACUGAAUAUAGAAACAUGUGUUUGUAGUACUGAGUGUAUUAAUACAGCACGUGUUCAUACUACUGAGUAGUAAUACUGAUGUGUUGAUACUACUGUGUGGACUGAGUGUAGUAUUAUCGGUAUAGAGUACUGCAACCUCCUCCUCAUCCUGCAGAUGGACUCAUCAGCGCCACCUGGACUCUCUCUGGUCGCAGUACUCUCUCUUUUAGCAUGUAGCAUCCAGGUGCUAACUGCCAUCCUGCUAACACACAGGUAUGGUGGGCGGAGCUCUGCGACAGACAAGUGGAUCCUAUUGUGGCUCUUCUAUGAUGUUAUUGUCCACCUGACACUGGAGGGGCCGUUUACCUGGAGGGAGUACAGUAAAGCCGAUAGUCGUUGGUUAGUUUUUGAUCCAACAAUCGUUUCCAUUGAGAUUCUCACAGUCGUCCUGGACUCUGUGCUCGGAAUUCUACUCAUCUACGCAGUAGUCAAAGACCAGUACUACAGACACUUCCUGCAGAUCACUCUGAGCGUGUGCGAGCUGUAUGGCGGCUGGAUGACCUUCUGUCCUGAUUGGCUGAUGGGCAGUCCUCACCUGGACACGUCCAGCUGGCUCCACCUGUGGGUCUACCUGGUCUUCUUUAACGGACUCUGGGUCCUGGUCCCCGUCCUGCUGCUGAUCCAGUCCUGGUUUUCUCUGAGGAGUAUGCACGCCGUGAACCACACACACAAGAGGUUGUGACAAGUGUUUAGAAAUGUGUUUACGUCAACAUUUAAAGUUCAUUCCAUGUUUCCACAAUCA